AUGCAACUGGGUUCUCUGAUUGUCAUCUGCCUGCAGUUGGAAUUCAGCUUGAAGUUUUUGGUGUGUGGAGAGGACAAUAAUGUUGUACUGGCCGAUGGCGUGAUGUCAAAGGUCAGAACAGCUGUGCCCUGUAGCACUUCCACAGUUGACGACCCAGACUGUCAGCAGAAUACAUUUAAAGGUAAUCACCAGCAAACUAUGAAAACACAACAGUCAGAAAGUCAACAGAUUGGUAAGACUCCACUGAGCGGAAAUUUUAUUACUUACGGCAAAAUUUUGGAGGAGAACGGUACGACGUAUGAAUCUGGGAUUUGCUUAAAUAGGUCAAGGUCGCUGAGCAGAAGAGGAAGGCGAGCUUUAGCUGUAGAAGAUCCAAAGCCGCCAUUAUCUCCCCAAGCGGGUGACACGGAUAAGAGCACAUCUUCUGAAAACCUAGCGGAUACAACAUACGUUAGGGAUGAUAAUCGUAAAGGCUAUUACUGCUACGGGAUGACAGAUCUUUUGUACGAAACCAGCAAAUACUUUCCGACGCAGGCCAUACCCCAUUUUACGGGAAUUCAGAUGUCGACAGACAUUCUCAUCCAGAACAGAACUCACUGUCAGCGGCCAUCACGCUUGUCCCUCUCCAUGGCAACGGUGUUGAAUGUUACCGUGGAGACGUGUUGUAUCUCGUGGUGCACUCACGAGAUCGAGAUUAGCGUCAACGAGAAUGAACAUAUUCUGUUUAAUUUUCUUCAGUUCAACGUGCCGGGUUUGAACCUAGCUAGCAGUGAAGCGGUCGGUGUUUGCGACGAAUCCCUGGACAUUCUGGUCGACCAUGUCGGAGAAGACACGCCGCCUGUAAACAACACUCCCGCCAUUGGAUCGUUUUGUGGAAUCAAAGCUCCAAAAUCCGUAUUUGUUGAAUACAGCAAAGCCAAGCUAGUCCUGACGUUGAAAGACAACGCACAGUGUGUGGACAAGAUCAACUUCCAAGUGCAGAUCGUUCCCUGCUUACAUCUGUCCUACAAAAGUUGUGAUUCCAGCGAGUAUGUUAAAUUCGAGCGUAACCAUGGAUACAUUUCCUCUCCAGGCUUGGCGCACGGACAGAACUAUCCUAAUGACCUUCAUUGUGUAUGGAAAAUUUCCGUUCCGGAAGGUCAACUCAUUCGUUUAGAAGCCAGUGAAAUCCGUCUCAGGGAUGGAGACAUGAUUCAGAUUUCUCCCAAACAUGCAAAUUCAAGACCUUUUCCUGAAAUCCUGAAAUAUUCAGACCAUCAUUUCAGACAGCCGGUUGUUCUGCCGAGCAAUGAAUGUACAGUGGAGUUUCACUCUGACAGCAUCAAGUCUGGCGUUGGCUUCAACAUCACCUACACCGCUGUGAACUCUUCCAAUUUUAUCCCCAUGUUCAACAACAACUCUCUGGAUUGUUCCAGUGGCGUGCACAUUCCCCGGAUUAUGCGCUGCAACUUUUAUAUUGACUGUGCUAAUGGUGAAGACGAGGAAGGGUGCCCUUAUAAAGAGCCUAGCUGUUGGCCUCAGGGUUACGCUAUGAAUGGCCGAUGCUACCAGAUUAUAGUCAACAAACACGCCAUGUCAUGGCGGAUGGCCGAGGAGUUUUGUGAACGAAAUCUGUCUUCGCAUCUGAUUUCCGUGAGCACAGAGGCGCGGAGAAAAUCUGUGGACAAACUUCGAGAAUUCAUUGGGCCAAGUCUGAGUGUGAUAUUCUUGGGGCUACAGCGUAUGCGGAUGCAACAGGUGACUCAGAUGUACCGUAGAAUGUGGCAGUGGACGGAUGGAAGCACAGCGUUUUACCUGCCUGAUGAGUACAGGUAUGAAGGGUGGUCUACCUGUUCAUUGUUUUACAGCGAUUACUUCCACUCGACGGAUUGUGGAACUAUUAAAGAAAACGUUUCGUUUAUUUGUGAACGAGAAAUGAGGAGCCCUAAAGUAUCGAAGGCCAAUGGUUGGACCCCAGGACGAGACAGUGUAGACAGUACUGUCCACAAGUUAAAAGUCGGCGUGUUUCACUGUCAUUCGGGUGAGUAUAUAUCUACUGAGCAGAGGUGUGAUAAGAUAGAAAACUGUUUCGAUAGAAGUGAUGAAGUGGACUGCGAUUACGAUCGUCAAGUGGAUUCGAUGUAUUCUUGUGACUCUAUAGGUCUUCUGGCCUUCACUUUUGUCUGCGAUGGGAUCUCAGAAUGCCCUGAUGCCAGUGAUGAGAACUGGUGUCGCGUCCCGGACAAAGCGGCCCUAGGGCUGACGAUGACCACUUGCACGGAUGGGAUGACCAUGCAGAGGUCAAGGCUCUGCGAUGGGAAAGAAGACUGUCGGGACGCUUCAGAUGAAGAAGAUUGCACAGAGUGUGUAGGGGGCAGCGAGUUAUGCCCCAUGAUUGCCUGCCUUCCCCAGAAUUGGACAACUGACAACGAAAUAGAUUGUCCAAUUCGGGAUCUGAAGGGCAGAAGAGCGCCCGAGACGGUGUUUGUAGAAAAUGUGUUCAAAACCCAGCCGCCGCCAGGUGUUGUCGUUCCAGAUGGGUAUGGAAAGUUCAUGAUCCAGGCGCUGCCCAGGAACGCCCUCUGCCCUCAGACCCAUGUCCAGUGUAGUGACGGCUACUGUAUUCCUGUGUACAUGUGGUGUAACGGCAUCAUCGACUGUCCGCACGGGGAGGACGAGAGGCCCGAACUCUGCCAGCAAGUGUGUGCCAACAUGUAUCGAUGCAAGUACUCUAGGACCUGCGUCCACAAUGACCAUCUCUGUGAUGGCUACUACCAAUGUCCGAAUCAUGAUGACGAACACUUAUGCAGCCUUCAGAAUGUCACCUGCCCACAGAACUGCACUUGCCAAAGAAUGGAGGUCACCUGCUCAGGAUACCCCACUUUUGAGUCCCUCUCACCUGUGCGAUAUCUGAAACUCCAACACGCGCAACUGAAUGACCUACAUUUCAACAACCUGACACCGUACACACUUAUUUACCUGAACGUGUCCUCGUGUGCUGUCCGAAACAUCAAAGAUGACCAAUUGAGCUUCUUAAAUCUAAGAAUUCUAGACAUUAGCAAUAACCUCAUUGAGUUUCUUCCAAACGAUAUAUUUGAACAUUGUCCUGUGCUAAAAGUCUUGAUCUUUUCGCAAAACAAGUUGAACAACGUCAACUUUACGUUUCUGGAGCACGCAAGAGCUCUAACUAAGCUGGACCUGUCCUUCAACGUCAAAGUCAAACUGGAGGAUGACGCCUUCAGCAAGGCUUUUAGCCUAGAAGAGCUUCAUCUAAGAUACAUGCAGAUUGAAACGAUUUCCAAUCACGCCUUCCGGGGCUUAUCCAGACUUCGCCGCCUGGACCUCAAAGGGAAUCCAAUCAUGACCUUUUCUGUUGACAUUUUUCAUUUUCAGAAAAACCUUCGCAGUUUGGUCACAGAUAAUUUCCGUCUAUGUUGCUCUUCGAUCAAGCCCAGCAGUGUUCAGUUUGUGGACUGCGACGCCCCUUACGAUGAAAUCUCCUCUUGUGAGGAUAUACUACGAACGUUGCUUCUGCGUGUGGCGCUGUGGCUAAUGGCAGUUCUGACCAUCUCUGGAAACUUCGGAGUGAUCGUCUACCGAAUAUUUUUCGACAGGGGAAUUAAAUUAAGCUUCCGGGUCAUCAUCACCUGCCUCAGUGCUUCUGACCUCAUCAUGGGCAUCUACCUGGUCAUCAUAGGAACUGCUGAUGUCAUGUACCGUGACCGUUACUUGUUAAGCGAACGAGAAUGGAAGACCAGCGCACCGUGCCAGGUGGCUGGAUUUUUAUGCGUGUUAUCCAGCGAAACGUCUGCCAUGUUUAUUCUACUGGUCACAGUUGACAGGUUUCUGGCCAUUACUUUUCCCUUACACCGGGCUCUUCACUUCAACGCUAAAUCUGCAUCCAUAGCCUGUGCGAUCGUCUGGACGGUGGGACUCUCUAUAGCCACCGUUCCACUCCUCCCACCGUUCCGCCACUGGCAGUUGUACUCCCAGAAAGCAGUCGGGGUUCCCUUACCCAUCACCCGCUUCCACUUCCCGGGCUAUGACUACGCAUUCGCCAUCUUCAUCGUUUUCAACAUGGCGAUCUUUCUACUGGUAGCCCUCGGCCAGCUUCUGAUAUACCUAUCAGUGCAUCUGCAGAAGCACCCGCAAAUCUCCGAGGCUGGAGUGCGACAGGACACGGCUAUCGCCAAACGUCUGGUGCUAGUGGUGCUCACUGACUGCCUGUGUUGGUUCCCGAUCACGGUGAUGGGUCUGGUAGCCAGGUCUGGCCGCCCUGUUCCGGGAGAGAUGUACCUUGUCACCACAAUCUUCCUCCUUCCGGUGAAUUCCGCCUUCAAUCCGUUUCUUUACACGGCCAACUCUAUCGUCCUGAACAGGCGAAACAGACGGAAGAAGGUGGUUCCGGAUGGGUCGUACGGACUUAGACAGAUUUAUAGAUGA